AUGUCUGAACAAAGUACCCCCAUUUCUACAGCUACAACAAAUAGUGAAAAGCCUGCUCCCACAUUGGCUGAGUUUGUUCGGAAGUACAAUACCAAGCAACUUAUCAAAUUUUUGCGUGAGAAUGAAGACGACCUGCAACUUAACGACGCUCAUUUUGAAAUCUUACGCAAUGAAGAGGUCACAGGUCGUGUUUUUCUUAAUUCAACCAAGCAAGAUUUUAUAGAUAAUGGCCUGAAAAGUGGACCCGCGAAAAGUCUCGCAGACUUCGCCAAGGAAGUCAAAGAGAAAAAACUAAAAAGCUUUUCAUCGUGCAAGACUAAGCAAGAGGUGAAAAAGGUUUUUAACAAGUUUGGAUACGAAGAUGCUGACAUAACAUCGAUUUUGCCAUUCAAACCAGAAAUUGUUGACAUUGAUAGCAAUGACGAAAGGCUUAAAUUCUGCAUAGAUGAUAUAAAACAGAAGAUAGAACUCUAUGGUCCAGUAUCUGAACUUAACGAAGCUGAGCGUUGUCAUUAUAUUUCUCCAAUAAUUCAUUCAUCCAUCCAUAUCGCCAGGAAAAUUACCAACAAAACAAUAAUUCCAAAAUGCCAGUUUGAGAUAAUUGGUGAUGAAAGAACGGGUCGAGUUGAUUACGUUGUUAAAGUCAAAGAUAAUACUGGAAAUGACGAAUUGAUAGCAAUAACUGAAGCAAAGCAGAGUGAUAUAUUAAUGGGAUUCGGACAAAAUGUUUUACAACUUAACGCUUCUCACCAUAAAAAUUCAAAAAAACGAAAUGCAGAAGAGGCAUUUGGUAAAGAUGCUUUUGAUUACUUAUAUGGAAUCGUUACUACAGCAACCAAUUGGUAUUUUAUUUUAUAUACCCCAGAAAGGUUUUACCGUAUAGAAAGUGAGUAUAGUAUUAGAAUUAACAGAGAUGCUUUGAAAGAUGAUUCGGAACUAUGUAAAGAUGUAAAAAAAGUUGUACAGGUACUUGUUAGUCUAUUGAAGGAUAGGGUCGAAGUAGAUGAGUCCCCUGAUCGUAAAAGAGCUCGAACAAAAAAAUUUAUAUAA